AUGACCCGCCUGUUCUGGACUGUGUCUCUGACCUUCCGGUCUUCAUCAAGUGACAAGAGGGCUGUGGCAUCUUUACAGCGGAACCUGCUACCUGAAAAAGGGCGAAGACUGAGAAAUGCAGUAAUUAUCCAGUCAUUCAUUCGAGGCUAUCGAGACAGGAAACAGCAAUACUCCAUCCAGAGAAGCGCCUUUGACCGCUGUGCUGGCUCCUGGCAGUCCACGGGCACGCCUUCCACCGUCAGCGGGCCCAGCCUGGCCCUCCUGGUGAGGCAGCUUCUGUUCUUUUACAGACAGAAUGAAGACUCUGACCGUCUGAUCUGGCUGUAUCAGAACCUGGUGAGACACAGCUCUGUGUUUGUCAAGCAGCUGGACGGGUCAGAGAGGCUCACCUGCUUAUUUCAGAUAAAGCGCUUGAUGAGCCUCUGUUGCAGGCUGCUGCAAAACUGUAAUGACGACAGUCUGAAUGUUGCACUUCCAAUGCGAAUGCUUGAGGUGUUUUCAUCCGAGAACACGUACUUGCCUGUUUUACAGGAUGCUGGCUAUGUGGUGUCAGUGAUUGAACAAGUUUUGCACUACAUGAUUCAGAAUGGGUAUUAUAAGUCUCUCUAUUUGUUGAUUAACAGCAAGCUUCCAUCAAGUAUUGAACACUCUGACCUAUCUCGAGUUCCUAUAGCAAAGACUCUGCUGGAGAAUGUCCUGAAACCAUUGCACUUUACAUACAGCUCCUGUCCAGAGGGCGCCAGGCAACAAGUUUUCACAGCCUUCACGGAGGAGCUCCUGGCAGCGCCGUUCACAGAUCAGAUUUUCCAUUUCGUCGUCCCGGCCCUGGCGGACGUACAGACCGUCUUCCCUUACGAGCCCUUCCUGAAUGCGCUGUUGCGAGCGGAGAGUGGGUCUUCAGCAAGGAGUGCUGGGGCCCCGCGACUCUUCUAUUUUGUUCUAACUGUUGGCGAAAAUUAUUUGGGGGCGCUGUCGGAGGAAGGCUUGCUGGUGUACCUGCGAGUGCUGCAGACGUUCCUCUCUCAGUUACCUGUGUCCCCUGCCAGUACGAGCUGUCAGGAUUCGGCCAGUGACUCUGAGGAGGAGGGUGACGAAGCCAACAAGCCCACGAGCCCUGAGGAUGGCAGACUGUCGACACCUUACAUAACAGAGGAGUGUCUGAAAAAGCUGGACACGAAACAACAGACCAACACGCUGCUGAGCCUGGUAUGGCGGGAUUCGGCUAGCGAAGAUGUGUUCACGGUGAUGGCCUCUGUCUGCCACACGCUCAUGGUGCAGCACCGCAUGAUGGUGCCCAAAGUCAGGCUUCUCUAUAGCUUAGCUUUUAAUGCCAGAUUCCUGAGGCACCUUUGGUUUCUGAUAUCGUCCAUGACAACACGGAUGAUCACAGGGUCUGUGGUGCCGUUGCUCCAGGUGAUAUCAAGAGGCUCUCCCAUGUCCUUUGAAGAUUCCAGUCGGAUCAUCCCACUCUUUUACCUCUUCAGCUCCCUGUUUAGUCACUCGCUAGUUUCCAUACAUGACAACGAGUUCUUCGGUGAUGCCAUGGAAGGUCAGAGACGGCCAUCAAUGAUGCCGUUCACUCUGGAAGAGCUGGUAAUGCUGUCUCGGUGCCUUCGGGAUGCCUGUCUGGGGAUCAUCAAGCUGGCUUACCCAGAAACAAAGCCGGAAGUUCGCCAAGAGUACGUGCUAGCAUUCCAGAGCAUCGGCGUCACCACCAGUUCUGAGAUGCAGCAGUGCAUACAGGUGGAGCAGAAACGCUGGAUCCAGCUGUUCAAGGUUAUCACCAACCUGGUGAAGAUGCUCAAGUCCAGAGACACCAGGAGAAACUUUUGCCCUCCAAAUCACUGGCUCUCAGAGCAAGAGGACAUUAAAGCAGACAAGGUCAGCCAGCUGUACGUGCCAGCGUCCAGACAUGUGUGGAGCUUCCGGCGCAUGGGGAGGAUCGGCCCGCUGCAGUCCGCCCUGGACGUGGGUUCGGAGUCCCCACCACUCUCUGUGUCUGAGGAAAGGCAGCUGGCCGUCCUGACGGAGCUGCCCUUCGUGGUUCCGUUUGAGGAGCGGGUGAAGAUCUUUCAAAGGUUGAUUUAUGCAGAUAAACAAGAAGUGCAAGGAGAUGGUCCAUUUCUGGAUGGAAUUAAUGUUACAAUAAGAAGAAAUUACAUUUAUGAAGAUGCAUAUGACAAACUUUCCCCAGAAAAUGAGCCUGAUCUGAAAAAGCGGAUCCGCGUGCACUUGCUCAAUGCCCACGGCCUGGACGAAGCCGGCAUUGACGGUGGUGGUAUUUUCAGAGAGUUCUUAAAUGAACUGCUGAAAUCAGGAUUUAACCCCAACCAGGGGCUCUUCAAGACUACUAACGAAGGGCUUCUGUACCCCAACCCGGCUGCUCAGAUGCUUGUGGGAGACUCUUUUGCCAGACAUUACUACUUCCUAGGCAGAGUGCUCGGCAAGGCUCUUUAUGAAAACAUGCUGGUGGAGCUGCCCUUCGCAGGCUUUUUCCUGUCCAAAUUGCUUGGGACAAGUGCAGACGUGGACAUCCACCACCUGGCCUCCCUGGACCCAGAGGUGUAUAAGAACUUGCUGUUCCUCAAGAGCUAUGAAGACGACGUGGAGGAGCUCGGCCUGAACUUCACUGUGGUGAACAACGACCUGGGAGAGGCCCAGGUAGUUGAACUAAAGUUUGGAGGAAAAGACAUCCCUGUCACCAGUGCCAACCGGAUUGCCUACAUCCACCUUGUGGCCGACUACAGGCUGAACAAGCAGAUCCGGCAGCACUGCCUGGCCUUCAGACAGGGCCUGGCCAACGUCGUCAACCUGGAGUGGCUCCGCAUGUUCGAUCAGCAAGAAAUCCAGGUGUUAAUUUCUGGUGCGCAAGUUCCCAUAAGUCUAGAGGACCUGAAAUCCUUCACCAACUACUCAGGGGGCUAUUCUGCUGACCAUCCUGUCAUUAAACUCUUCUGGAGAGUUGUAGAAGGUUUCACUGAUGAAGAGAAGCGCAAAUUGCUCAAGUUUGUAACAAGCUGCUCCCGACCCCCUCUCUUGGGGUUUAAGGAGCUGUACCCGGCCUUCUGCAUUCACCACGGAGGCUCCGACCUCGAGCGGCUGCCCACGGCCAGCACCUGCAUGAACCUCCUGAAGCUGCCUGAGUUCCACGACGAGGCACUUCUGCGGAGCAAGCUCCUGUACGCCAUCGAGUGUGCUGCCGGCUUCGAGCUGAGCUGAGCUGUCCGGCAGGGCCGGCCCUCUGCAGGGUCACCAGUGCCUCCUCCUCAUGCCCUCGCGGACCACGAGGGUGCUCAGGCCGGACGCCCACGGCUCUCCUAGGCCCCGCCUUCUUCCCAGCAUUCCUCCCUUCCCCCGUUUUCAAAAUAAGUUUUAUUUCAGUGUGGCCACGUGUUCGAUGGAUACUGCUUUUCAGAUUACGUAAAGUACAAACGUGGCUGAGCUAGCAAUUUGCCAAGAAGAGCACAGAUUUUUAGGCUAGUGGCAACUUCAGUGAAAUUAACCAAAGAUGAAGCUUUGGCUCUGCUGAUCAGAUUCGAGGCCCUUCCCGAGCCACCCUGCACGGUCUCGGGGUUCAGCUGAGGAGACGCUUGCUGUUGCCGUGCUCCUCGUGGUGGCCGGCCAGGCUGUCUACAUGCCGACUGUGUUAGAGCAAGUGGCGUUUUGUUCCUGCUGCCUUUGCCCGGAGUCAGGCUGGGAAGUGGAUAGGGUGGUGGCAUUUUCUCUGUGCUUUAAAACCCCGUUCCCAGAAUGGGGCAAGCCUGCUGGUUGCGAUGUUGGCCGGCCUCCCUGUUUGUGGUGUGAACUGAGGCCGGAUCCGCCUUCGCCUCUGCGUUGUGCCUGGAGAGCUGGGGAAGGUGCUGGGGAGGGUCUGCGAUGCUGGUGCACCUGUCCUUGUGCUGAGUGACGACUCCGGAGGGCAGACCGUGCCUACCAGAGUCCCUCGAGUCAACGUGGCGGGCUGCCUGGCAGGGAGGACGGGUCAGGUCUGACUCGUGUCCGGGAGGAAGAGGCAUCGCGACCCCGUCACGCUGAGGCCCUUCACCAGGACCUGGCUCGUCAUCGGGCAGUUCCGGUCCCUGGAAUGGUGCGCCACGGCCUUGGCCACGGAGCCGAGCUGGCCUUCGCUGACACGGGAGGCUGGCCUGGUUGUCUGUCCCGGGCCCAGCACUUCCCUGUCGCUGAGCUCCCUGCCGGCAUAGUGGUUGACCGUAACUAGCAAUAUACUUUUAAACGUGGGAGAGUGAGCGACACUUAAGACAAUGCCCAUUAUCAAAACAAAAUGUAUAAUUUCUUAAUUUGAAUAAUAAAUUAAGUGUUAAAGGCUAUUUGUAGUCCUGAUAUACAGAAAUAAAAUAAUUAGGGUUUGUGUUUGGUUUUAUUUUAUUUUAGGUUGUUUUAUGUUGAAUGUUCUUUAUCUCAUAGCUGACUUGUCUAUUUUAUUAUCAGUAUUUGGGAAGGGGACUAUGGGGGACUAAGAAAUUGGCGGUUACACUUGCUCGUGGUGUUCUCCUCAGCUAUUCCGAGCUUGUUUAUUUAUUUGUAUGUUCUCGUGGCUAAAUGUUUGCAUUAAAUUUUUUCCCAAGAUUG